AUGUGGCCAAUUCCGAUCAAUGAUGGAAAAUUUCGUACAAGGUUUCUACGUUUCGACACUUGCGAUGCGUACACAUCUUGGAAUGAAAAGGCAAUGAAAGUCUUCUGGACCGAUUGGGGAAAACAACAAUUAUAUUGCAUAUUGCAGAAUGCCAUUUGGUCCUGUGACGGGACAUUUGCUUCCGCGCCUGCAGGAUUUAACCAAGUCUUCAUUAUUGGCAUUGAGGCA